ACUCAGGCGGCCGGAGGAGCAAGGAGGACCUCGCGGCCCGCGCUGCUCCGGGACAGCCCCACGGACCCACCGCCCGCGCCCGCCACCCGCCGGACCCCGCGCCGCAAGCCUCGCUGCACAGGUGGACACGUGUGCCGUGGCGUGAGGGAGACAGCAUGGCUGCAGGCGUGGCUGACCACCUGCCCUUCUUCUUUGGCAACAUCACCCGGGAGGAGGCCGAGGAUUACCUGGUCCAGGGCGGCAUGAGCGACGGGCUCUACCUGCUGCGCCAGAGCCGCAAUUACCUGGGCGGCUUCGCCCUGUCGGUGGCGCACGGGCGCAAAGCGCACCACUACACCAUCGAGCGGGAGCUGAACGGCACCUACGCCAUCGCGGGCGGCAGGGCGCACGCCAGCCCGGCUGAGCUCUGCCUCUACCACUCCCAGGAGUCGGACGGCCUGGUCUGCCUCCUCAAGAAGCCCUUCCACCGGCCGCCCGGGGUGCAGCCCAAGACGGGGCCCUUCGAGGACCUGAAGGAGAACCUCAUCCGGGAGUACGUGAAGCAGACCUGGAACCUGCAGGGCCAGGCGCUGGAGCAGGCCAUCAUCAGCCAGAAGCCGCAGCUGGAGAAGCUCAUCGCCACCACCGCCCACGAGAAGAUGCCCUGGUUCCACGGGAAGAUCUCCCGGGACGAGUCCGAGCAGAUUGUCCUCAUCGGGUCCAAGACAAACGGAAAGUUUUUGAUCAGGGCCCGGGACAACAACGGGUCCUACGCCCUGUGCCUGCUGCAUGAGGGCAGAGUGCUGCACUACCGCAUCGACAAGGACAAGACGGGGAAGCUCUCCAUCCCCGACGGGAAGAAGUUUGAUACGCUCUGGCAGCUGGUCGAACAUUAUUCUUAUAAACCAGAUGGUUUGCUACGAGUCCUUACAGUUCCAUGUCAAAAAAUCGGCGGGCAAGCGGGAAAUGUGAAUUUUGGAGGCCGCCCACAGCCCCACGGUGCCAGCCCUGCGGCUUGGACAGCAGGUGGAAUCAUCUCCAGGAUCAAAUCCUACUCCUUCCCCAAGCCCGGCCACAGAAAGGCCUCCUCGCAGGGGACCCGGCCGGAGAGCACCGUGACCUUUAACCCCUACGAGCCAGAGGGAGCACCCUGGGCCUCCGAAAGAGAAGCCCAGAGAGAAGCACUGCCCAUGGACACGGGGGUGUACGAGAGCCCCUACGCGGACCCCGAGGAGAUCCGGCCCAAGGAGGUCUACCUGGACCGGACGCUGCUGACCCUGGAGGACAAGGAGCUGGGCUCCGGCAACUUCGGCACUGUGAAGAAGGGCUACUACCAGAUGAAAAAAGGUGUGAAGACGGUGGCUGUGAAAAUCCUGAAAAACGAGGCCAACGACCCGGCUCUGAAAGACGAGCUGUUAGCAGAAGCCAACGUCAUGCAGCAGCUCGACAACCCGUACAUCGUGCGCAUGAUCGGGAUCUGCGAGGCUGAGUCCUGGAUGCUGGUCAUGGAGAUGGCGGAGCUGGGCCCGCUCAACAAGUACCUGCAGCAGAACAGACACGUCAAGGACAAGAACAUCAUCGAGCUGGUUCACCAGGUGUCCAUGGGGAUGAAGUACUUGGAGGAGUGCAACUUCGUGCACAGAGAUCUGGCGGCAAGAAACGUCCUGCUGGUGACGCAGCAUUACGCCAAGAUCAGUGAUUUCGGGCUGUCCAAGGCCCUCCGCGCGGAUGAGAACUACUACAAGGCGCAGACGCACGGGAAGUGGCCCGUCAAGUGGUAUGCCCCCGAGUGCAUCAACUACUACAAGUUCUCCAGCAAGAGCGACGUCUGGAGCUUCGGGGUGCUGAUGUGGGAGGCGUUUUCCUACGGGCAGAAGCCGUAUCGGGGGAUGAAAGGAAGUGAAGUGUCUGCUAUGCUGGAGAAAGGAGAGAGGAUGGGGUGCCCUCCGGGGUGUCCGAGAGAGAUGUACGAGCUGAUGACCCUGUGCUGGACCUAUGAGGUGGAGAGCAGGCCUGGCUUCGCAGCGGUGGAGCUGCGGCUGCGCAAUUACUACUACGACGUGGUGAACUAAGACUGCGCCGGUCACGCCGCCUGUGAGCAGAGGAGACACGGGCCAAAGUAUGCAGUCACUGAUGUUGAGUCUCCAUCUCCCUCUUCCCGUCGGGAGAGCCAGCCUCAUGGGACAUGCCUGACUGGUCCCCAAAGCCCGUCCCAGACACACCCUCCACAACUGCCCGGGAGCGUGGGAGAAAGAUGGACAGCAGGGCAGAGGGGCCGUGGCUUCCUCCCUGUUUGUCGUCUGUGUGGCUCCCCGGCAGGUCAUCUGCAGGGUCUGUGUCCAGAGGUCACAGGAGGUCCUCGCUGUCUUUCCAGUCCUUUGGCUCCCGGCUGCACCUGAAGCCGCCGCCCAGACACACCCCAUGUGGACUGAGCGCCUCGGCGUGCCCGGGGCAGGGACACCGAUGCGGCGGUGAGGCAGGAAGUGGGAGGAGGGCUGUGGCUGGCACAGGCCACCGGACUCGCCCUGGCCCAGAAGCUUUCCCGAUGGUAACGUGCUUUGAGGCUUACAGAUCACUUCCCACCGGCGCAGCGUCUAAGCCAGUCAAGGGACCGAGUCGGGGCGCUGCUUCUGCUCCGUGUCCUCUGAGCCAGAGACUCGCGUCUGCCGAGGGGUGGCGUGGCUCGCUGACCCCGGAAACACUCUGCCGAGGCUGCUCUGAAGACUGUCCUCACGCAUAGACGGUGACCUCCAGGGAAAGGCUGUCUGUCGCCUCCAGCAGCAGGACAGACAGCAGGCCGCCGCUGCGGGGAGCCCGUGCCUCCUCGGCCUCGGAGAGGGUGCCGCCAGCACUCUGCCUGUGUCCGUGGCGGGGCCACCGGCCAGGGCAGGUGCAGACGAGCUCCUAAGAAGGCGUGGAUUCACAAUAAAGCCGCAGACCCGCUCCUCGCCACAAGCAGGCUUUAUUGGGUGUGAUUUGGGGCUAAAGAUACAAAA